GUAGCAGCUUAUUGACAAAAAGCUGCUGUUGUGGUUGUCAACCACAACCCCAAACAGGCACUUAAAACCCAGCUUCACACACUCUUUCUAGUCUCUCAUGUCUUGACCCCCAAAAAAUCUCUUUAUGCUUUCAUUUCCUUGUUGAAAAUCUUCAAUGGCUGAGAAGCUUUCAGUCCCUCUUGUUCUUCCAAACCCACCACCCACAAAGCCAUUUUUUCAUGAAACUCACCACCAUCCAACCUCCACUCCUCCCUCACUAACCCCUCUUUUUCAAGAUUAUCUUCUCCAGCAAAACCCCAAGACCAAUCUCUCCCAGACCCAUAAACCCAAAACCCCAAAUUUCAAUUCUUUUUCCAGAACUCGAAAGCGUAUUGGGAAGCACAAGGACCCAAAUAAAGGCAAGCCAUGGUCAAGUUCUAGUCUUUCUCCAGUAGGUGAGCAAACCCUUCAAGCUUUAUUGAAUUCGGGUUUCGAAAAUGAUGAGUUUGAUGGAAUUAUGUGUAAUUUGGUUGGUUUGGAUGAGGUGGAGUCUUGUUUUGAUGUAAAGUCUGUGUCUUUUGAUGUUUUGGGGGUGAUUAAGGGGUUAGGGUAUCAUAAGAAAUGUGAUUUGGCUUUGAGGGUGUUUGAGUGGGUUCGAAACCGAGAGGGUUUGGAGAAUUUGUUAGAUGGGUCUGUUGUUGCUGUGGUGAUUAGUAUGCUUGGGAGAGAUGGGCAGGUCUCGACUGCUUCGAAUUUGUUUCAUAAGCUUUAUAAAGAUGGUUUUGUUGGUAUUGAUGUUUAUGCUUAUACUUCUUUGAUAACUGCGUGUGCUAGUAAUGGGAGGUAUCGAGAAGCUAUAUUGGUUUUUAAGAAAAUGGAGGAAGAGGGUUGUAGACCUACUUUGAUUACGUAUAAUGUGAUUUUGAAUGUGUAUGGGAAAAUGGGUAUGCCUUGGAAUAAGAUUAAGGCGGUUUUUGAUGGUAUGAAGGGUUCCGGGGUUGCUCCGGAUGCUUAUACUUAUAAUACUCUGAUAAGUUCUUGUAGACGGGGGUCUUUGUACGAGGAAGCUAAACGGAUUUUUGAGGAGAUGAAGGUAGCGGGGUUUACUCCAGAUAAGGUUACUUUCAAUACAUUAUUGGACGUGUAUGGGAAGUCUGGGAGACCUAAGGAAGCUAUGAAUGUUCUGAAGGAGAUGGAGUUCCAUGGUUUAUUUCCUAGUAUUGUUACUUACAAUUCGCUAAUUUCAGCUUAUGCUAGGGACGGUAUGUUGGAUGAAGCAAUGGAGUUUAAAAAUCAAAUGGUGGAAAAAGGGAUAAAGCCGGAUGUGUUCACUUACACUACGUUACUGUCAGGCUUUGAAAAGGCUGGCAAAGAUGAGGCUGCAAUGAUGGUUUAUGAAGAGAUGAAAAGUGCAGGCUGCAAUCCAAAUAUCUGUACCUUUAAUGCCCUGAUUAAGAUGCAUGGUAACAGGGGGAAUUUUAAUGAAAUGAUGAAGGUUUUUGAAGAGAUUAAGCUUUCUGGUUGUUCUCCGGAUAUUGUUACUUGGAAUACGCUCCUGGCAGUGUUUGGGCAGAGUGGUUUGGAUACAGAAGUAUCUGGAGUAUUUAGAGAAAUGAAGAGAUCAGGUUUUGUUGCUGAGAGGGACACUUUUAAUACGUUAAUCAGUGCAUAUAGCCGGUGUGGAGCUUUUGACCAAGCAAUGAUUGUUUAUAAGAGGAUGAUAGAAGCAGAAAUAACUCCUGAUCUUUCCACCUAUAACACCUAUUUAGCAGCAUUGGCACGAGGAGGGAUUUGGGAAGAUUCUGAGAAAGUACUAGCUGAAAUGAAAGAUAGAGGGUGCAAGCCCAAUGAGCAAACAUACAGUUCGUUGCUACAUGCUUAUGCUAAUGCGAAAGAAAUCGAACGGAUGCGUGCUCUUGCAGAUGAUAUCUAUUCUGGUAACAUUGAGCCACAUGUGGUGCUUUUAAAGUCUCUUAUUUUAGUUAGUAGCAAAUGCGACCUUUUAAUGGAAACUGAAAGGGCUUUCUUGGAAUUUAGAAGGAAAGGUUUUUCCGCUGAUAUAACUAUUUUGAAUGCCAUGGUUUCCAUAUAUGGUCGGCGGCAGAUUGUUACCAAGGCUAAUGAGAUUAUCAACUUCAUGUUAGAGAGUGGGGUAACUCCUAGUUUGACAACAUACAAUAGUUUGAUGUACAUGUAUAGUCGAUCAGCAAAUUAUGAGAAAUCUGAAGAACUGCUGAGAGAUCUUUUAGGGAAAGGAAUCAAGCCUGAUGUCAUUUCAUUCAACACGGUAAUAUAUGCUUACUGCAGACGAGGUAGAUUAAAAGAUGCAUCACGUGUGUUCACAGAAAUGAAGAAAUAUGGAGUUACUCCAGAUGCAAUUACAUACAACACCUUCGUGGCCAGUUAUGCAGCUGAUGCAAUGUUCGUGGAAGCUGUUGAUGUGGUUCAGUACAUGAUCAAGCAAGGAUGUAGACCAAAUGAGAGCACAUACAACGCCAUUGUAGAUUGGUAUUGUAAGCUUAACCGUCGAGAUGAGGCAAUCAAAUUUAUUGCUAACCUUCGCCAACUAGAUCCACACAUUCGUAAAGGAGAAGAGACUAGAUUAUUAGGCAGAACUUCGAAGGUGAAACAAUCAAGAGAGAGGAAAGAACCUAAAACAUGUUUUGAAUCUUUGCAAGAUACGUAAAAGUUGUAGCUCAGUCAGGAUUUCCUGAAAGUCUCUAAUCGCUAUUAUCUCGCCAGCCACUUCUGCUGACUGUAUUAUGUUGUAUGCUGGUAGGACAAGAUCAAUGAUGUAUGCUGUUGUAUACUAUAAUUUUGGCCUUAAUAUACUGUAGUAUCAUAUAGAUUGUGUAUAUAAGGAUUUUGAGGUAUAUGCCAAGUUUCGAGUGUGCAGUGCAAAGACCUACAAAGGCACCAGUGGGGAUGUCAGAUGUGUAAAUGUCAGAAACUCGAGGUAUCUACACUAUUCACAAUAUAUUACUAUACAACACUGCCAGUUGUUGAAUCU